AUGUUACAGCCUCUCAAUAAUCUGCGAGGGUUUACAGUAUUAUAUUGUGGUUCUCAACCUAACGCAGUGCAAUCUCGCUCCAAUAGGUCUUCAUCUCCUUCUAAGGAACUAGAAAAAAGUUCUAAUGCUACACAAAGUACUUCGAAAAGACGCAGUGGUGUGUCACCUUCGCGAUCAUUUGUUCCUCGUACAAGUAUUUCAAAUACUGUCAAUCCUGUCCAAUCAAAAUCAGGCUUCCAGCAAGAGAGUGACCCACUUGCUAAGAGUCCAUAUAGCAGUUCGAUUUUGCCAACUAAACAUCUGCAACCACUACCUAAAGGAACCAAUCAGAUCUCAGCUAGUAAGUCUCGGUCACAAACUAGAAAAAGUACGACAGAGUCAUCUGCUGAAAGUAACUCCAAGUCAUCAGCUAAAUCAUCCAGCUCCAACCAAUCAGCAUCAGAUUCAAAACCAGUGUCAAAAUCUGGAAGUGACUCUAAAGCAAAUAGUGACCCAAAACCUAAAUCGAUUCAAUCAAAAAAUGACUCUCAAUCAACCCCACCCAAAUCUGGCAGUGACUCAUUAAAAUCAGAAAAUAAUUCGAAAUCAUCUCCAGCUAAUUCUACAAGUUCAUCAACUUCCAAAAAAUCAAUCAGUGAUUCAAAAUCAACACCACCCAAGAAUGGCGGUGAACCAAAAUCAGUCAGUGACUCAAAAUCAACACCACCCAAGAAUGGCAGAGAACCAAAAUCAGUCAGUGACUCAAAAUCUGCUUCACCGAAUGGCAACAGUGAUUCAAAAUCGACUUCUCAGAAGGCAAACAAUGACACAAAACUUGCCUCCCCCAAGGCAAACAAUGAUACAAAACCAGCCUGUCCCAAAGCAAACAGUGACUCAAAAUCAUCCUCCCCUAAAUCAGGUUCUCAGGCAUCACCAACUGGAGAAGUUAAAUUGAAACUGAUGCAUAAAUCAAAGGUAGACAUGUCUGAUCGAGGCAAUUAA